UGCUGUUAGUGAGAUGAGAGAGAGAGAGAGCGCAUCUCAUUUCGCUCUCCGUUUUUUAUACCGAUAGUAGUAAGCUGUGUAAGUGACGCAUAUAAACGUGUAUAAGUAGUUCUGUGCAUAUAUAAUAAUUAGGCUAUUUACUUUCGCUUUAAGCAGUAUUUAUAAAGUAGCCUAAUGUAUAUACCGUUAAAAAAAAGUUACUUUUUUACCGAGGCACCAAACCGUCUCCGAGUCCCUAAAAAAUGCUUUGAGCUGUUGCGCAACAUCCGCCCGUUGCCAUCAUGAAGACAGGCUGCGAGGUCGACGUCUGACAACACGGUGACCACAACCCCCUGAUCCUAACCCUCCUCUACUUCAGGACUACAACGUCUCCCUAAAGAAUACAACCCCCACAGAGAGUAUCACAGAGAAGGUGACCACAACCCCCUGAUCCUAACCCUCCUCUACUUCAGGACUACAACGUCUCCCUAAAGAAUACAACCCCCACAGAGAGUAUCACAGAGAAGGUGACCACAACCCCCUGAUCCUAACCCUCCUCUACUUCAGGACUACAACGUCUCCCUAAAGAACUACAACCCCCACAGAGAGUAUCACAGAGAAGGUGACCACAACCCCCUGAUCCUAACCCUCCUCUACUUCAGGACUACAACGUCUCCCUAAAGAACUACAACCCCCACAGAGAGUAUCACAGAGAAGGUGACAACCAUCACUAUGGACGUCACAACCCCCUGAUCUCAACCCUCCUCUGCUUCAGGACUACAACUCAACGUCUCCCUAAAGGACUACAACCCCCAGGGUUCCGAGCGGAGCAGACAUGAACGCGGAGACCCAGGUGAAGUGUGUGCUGGUGGGGGACAGUGCUGUCGGGAAGACGGCCCUCCUGGUUCGCUUCACCUCAGAGACCUUCCCUGAGUGUUACAAACCAACUGUGUAUGAGAACACUGGAGUGGAGGUCUUCAUGGACGGGGCUCCGAUCAACCUGGGUUUGUGGGACACGGCAGGAAAUGACACGUUCAGACAAAUCCGUCCGAUGUCCUAUCAGCAGGCGGAUGUGGUCCUGAUCUGCUACUCCGUGGCCAACGCCGCUUCCCUCGCCAGCGUCAAGCACAAGUGGCUGGUAGAGGUGCGUGACAACCUUCCCCGUGUCCCGGUGCUGGUGGUGGCCACCCAGACCGACCAGCGUGACUCCGGGCCUCACAGCGCCUCCUGCUCCUCCGCCGCCGAGGGCAAACGCCUCGCUCAGGACAUACGGGCCAAGGGAUACCUGGAGUGCUCGUCGCUAAGCAACCGCGGCGUGCAGCAAGUGUUCGAGUGUGCGGUGAGGACAGCGGUGAACCAGGCCAGGAAACGAACGCGCCCGCGGAUGUUUGAUAUCAACAGCUGCGUGGUGUUUUGACCUCUGAAUCUCUGAACCUUUGGGGGGGGGGGGGGGGCUAGGUUGGGGUGGUGCUGGGAGGAUACUGAAGUCUCUAACUACUGCUCUGGGAUCAGGUCUCGGGGCCAGUGGCGACUCAGACUUGGACUCAUCACCAGGGACUUGAGACUGGUGGGUUAGUGACUCGACUACAUCACUGUGUCUGACUUGAACUGUUCGAGGUCCUGUCUGACCCCAGGACCUGUGGUUUUGGGGGAACUGAGGUCCUGUCUGACCCCAGGACCUGUGGUUUUGGGGGAACUGAGGUCCUGUCUGACCCCAGGACCUGUGGUUUUGGGGGAACUGAGGUCCUGUCUGACCCCAGGACCUGUGGUUUUGGGGGAACUGAGGUCCUGUCUGACCCCAGGACCUGUGGUUUUGGGGGAACUGAGGUCCUGUCUGACCCCAGGACCUGUGGUUUUGGGGGAACUGAGGUCCUGUCUGACCCCAGGACCUGUGGUUUUGGGGGAACUGAGGUCCUGUCUGACCCCAGGACCUGUGGUUUUGGGGGAACUGAGGUCCUGUCUGACCCCAGGACCUGUGAUUUUGGGGGAACUGAGGUCCUGUCUGACCCCAGGACCUGUGGUUUUGGGGGAACUGAGGUCCUGUCUGACCCCAGGACCUGUGGUUUUGGGGGAACUGAGGUCCUGUCUGACCCCAGGACCUGUGGUUUUGGGGGAACUGAGGUCCUGUCUGACCCCAGGACCUGUGGUUUUGGGGGAACUGAGGUCCUGUCUGACCCCAGGACCUGUGGUUUUGGGGGAACUCUUGUUUAACUGUUGUUGUAAAACUACAAAAGAACAAACAAAACAGGAUCAUUCCUGGAGGAGCAGAGAGAGAGAGAGAGACGAGUGGUUAGUGAAGCAGUUUAAAUACCCUGAGCCCAGGUGGCUCCAAUCACUAACGACCCUCCGCCUGCAAGAGGAACCGCCCCUGUCGUGACAUUAUCCCUGACAAGUUGUUUUUUUUGUUUGAAUUCUUAUUUCAGUUCACAAUAGAAGAAAACAAUACAAGUCGGCAGGGUAGCCUGGUGGUUAGAGUGUUGGACUAGUAACCGAAAGGUUGCAAGUUCAAAUCCCCGAGCUGACAAGGUACAAAAUCUGUCGUUCUGCCCCUGAACAGGCAGUUAACCCACUGUUCCUAGGCCGUCAUUGAAAAUAAGAAUUUGUUCUUAACUGACUUGUCUGGUUAAAUAAAGGUUAAAAAUAUAUUUUAAAAAGUCUAUAACAACUAUUUCUCCGUCUAUAGAUGUUAAAAGUUAUCCUUUUGUAAAGGUAUUCUAGCUCAGGCUUGUCUGUUUCCUUGGUUAAAUAAAUGUUGCCCAACAACUUA